UCCAAUGAAAAUGCGACGUUGUGAGUUCUUGAUAUAUAAGAAUUUUCUGCCCCGGAUUCUUUCUUUGGAAUAAUGUCGGCUGAAUAUGAUAACAGAGACAAUGGCCCCGAGGGCAUGGAGCCCGAUGGCAUCAUCGAGAGCAACUGGAACCAGAUCGUGGACAGUUUUGAUGAGAUGAACUUGCGUGAAACUCUGCUCAGGGGAAUCUAUGCUUAUGGUUUUGAGAAGCCAUCUGCUAUCCAGCAAAGAGCUAUUCUCCCUUGUAUCAAGGGUUACGAUGUGAUUGCUCAGGCCCAGUCUGGCACUGGGAAGACUGCCACAUUUGCCAUUUCCAUCCUCCAGCAGAUCGACAUAGAGCUGAAAGGCACCCAGGCUCUGGUUCUGGCUCCCACCAGGGAGUUGGCUCAGCAGAUCCAGAAGGUGGUUCUGGCUCUUGGCGACUACAUGGGGGCCAGUUGCUACGCCUGCAUUGGGGGCACCAGCAUCCGCAGUGAAGUCCAGAAGUUGCAGGCGGAAGCUCCUCACAUCGUGGUGGGAACCCCGGGCCGUGUCUUUGACAUGAUAACACGUAAAAACAUCUCCUCUAAAUACAUCAAGAUGUUCGUGCUUGAUGAGGCUGAUGAGAUGCUGAGUCGAGGAUUCAAGGAUCAGAUUUACGAGAUCUUUCAGAAACUGUCCAGCAACAUCCAGGUUGUCCUUCUGUCGGCCACAAUGCCUGCUGAUGUUUUGGAGGUCACAAAGAAAUUCAUGCGAGACCCGAUCCGGAUCCUUGUGAAGAAGGAGGAGCUGACCCUUGAGGGUAUUCGUCAGUUCUACAUCAAUGUGGAGAAGGAGGAGUGGAAGCUGGACACGCUGUGUGAUCUGUAUGAAACCCUGACCAUCACACAGGCCGUCAUCUUCAUCAACACCAGGAGGAAAGUGGACUGGCUCACUGAGAAGAUGCAUGCCCGAGACUUCACCGUUUCUGCUCUGCACGGUGACAUGGACCAGAAGGAACGAGACCUGAUCAUGAGGGAGUUCCGCUCUGGUUCCAGUCGAGUCCUCAUCACCACUGACCUGCUGGCCAGAGGGAUUGAUGUCCAGCAGGUGUCUCUCGUUAUCAACUACGACCUUCCAACCAACAGAGAGAACUACAUUCACAGGAUUGGUCGAGGUGGUCGUUUUGGAAGGAAGGGCGUAGCCAUCAACAUGGUGACCGAAGAUGACAAGCGAACCCUGAGAGACAUUGAGACGUUCUACAACACCACCGUCGAGGAGAUGCCCAUGAACGUGGCUGAUUUGAUCUAGAAAGAUACCACAGGCUCUUCUUGCCCCAGUCUGCUUAUUUUAGAAGUAAAAUCUCGUUUUUAACUUUAUGAUCUGAUUAUUUUUCUUUGAAUUCCAUCAUGAGUUUUUACAUCCAGACACUUGACGUUGUUGUUGGCCUUUCAUGAACUGCUUCAUCUUUCUGCUGUAGUUUGAUCAGACCAGCACCUGAGCGUUAGCGGCUCGGUGCUGAUGCACGUGGUUCUUGUUCUGUAGCCGGCGCUCCUGUCUGGUUGAUCACAAGUGUGAACAUGAGCAGUGUCUUGAAGUGUUUAGUGCAGCACCGCUCGGGUGUCUCCUGGUUGCAACUACAGUUUACACUCCACAACUCGAUGCUUUAACCCCACAGGGGCGCUGGGUUUGACCAGACCAGUAUUUCCUGACUCCAGUGGGACUCUGCAGCGUUCACCCGUUCAUGUAGAAGAGAUCCGGUUCAGGAGCAUGUGAGGCUGAUUUAAUAAAGAGCUGUUAAUCCAAACGUGGUGUGAAACUUUGCCUCCAGCACCAGAUUUCCUGAGCUUCAGCCUUGUGCUUUUAGACUUGUUUGUUUUAAACCCUAAUGGGGUGGGAGGGGGGGGUGAGAAGUGACAUUAAAGGACCAAACCAGAAAAUGGAGGUGAAAUCCUCUCCUAAACCGGUCGAUACCCCUCUUCAUACCUCCUCUAGCCUCUUUAACAUGACUUAACCUUUUUUUUGAGAUCGUGUAUCAAGUUUUCUACAUUGCUUUCUGUAAAGUAUUUAUUUUAAUGGCCUUUUAAAAAUAAAGAUUUCUCCUUUUUAA